AUGGCCACAACAUCCACCCUACACAAGUCCCCUUCAGUCACUUCGAUCUCUGCGUCAUCAUCGUCAUCCACCAGGAAAGACUCCUCCCUGAGGCCCAACCCGCAUCCGUAUGCUAUAAAGACAACAUCUACAGCACUCCUCACGCGUUCUACCUCGGAAUAUAACGUGAACGCUACGCACCACUACUAUGUCCCGCUGUCUCCCCAUUCCAACAAGUCCGAUGUCGGCAAGGGUCAUCGUGCUACCAAGUCACUAACUUCUAUGGCUGAGUCGCCUACUCGCGAGGCUCCCCGUCCGCUUCCUAUCCCGCCCGCUCUUGACAUUCCCGCAGACAGAAGGAACGGUAAUGGAAUUGGCGGAUAUGUGAGUGCAGAUGAAGCGUCCAAACCCCGUCGAAGGCCGCGUCGAUCCGAGACUAUGCCGGUCAUACCUCUGUCUAAUCCGGGAUUGCUCGCGCCUGCCCCGACAGUGGAAGAACUACCCGAUAAUCCCAAGCUCUGGACGCCAUCUCAACUCGCAACAUACCUCACAUCCGCCCUACGCAUCACGUCAAGUGGCAAGCCCGGUGAGGUCGAGUCCAUCGGGCUCCCUCCCUUGGUGGCAAAGGAUAUCGCUUCGUUUGUCAAGAGCGCCCGCAUUGGCGGGCGGACGUUCCUGCGUAUGAACGAAGAAGAUCUCGAAGGACUUGGAAUGAACAAGAAGUGGCGCCAGGCUCUUCUUGCUGCUCUACGCAAUCUCCGACAGAGCGUCUUGAAGGGCCGUAUCUGGGGUCUCGACAGUUCGCCCACCUCGUCGCCUUCUGUGGAGUCCAUAUCCCCCGACCAAUUUUUCUCCAACCCUAUCCUCAAUUCGUCGUCAUCCUCCAUCGAAUCCUCUUCCUCAUUUUCCAAUGGGGAAGACGACACUGUCGAUGCUGCUGGAGCUGUGCUUGGACGUUCGAAGGCUCGCAGGUACCGGAACGGACGCGUGCGGGGCAUGGUCAACACUUUCGAGCGGAGCGGGAGCUUUAGCUCCGAAGGCGGACUCGACGAUGGUCCAACCGGUCUCUCAGACGAGCGCACUAACCUCCGACGAUGGGUGCGUCAGGAAGGCCAGGUUACGGGCCAAAGUGCGAUGGUCGACGAAAGCCCCAGUCCCUCCCGUCGACGCCCCCUUCCCGUUCCUCCUACCUUCACGGGCGCCAGCAGCGGCCCCUUGGUCGACGAGGAAGAGCCAACCAUGGAAGCUCUUUUGGCACACAUGACCGCCUCCCAGCCGGCGACCGGGGCACGAGCCUGGGAGGAGAUGGACCUCGAGCCCGGGGUUACCGUCAAGCGCAUCCCGUCGAACGAAAGCGAGGCGGACCUUUCGGUCGAUAGGACCCUGGUAGGAAGCAAGAGCGUGUCCAGCCUUGGCAGCGGACGAGGAAGUGGUGGGAGCAGCAAGGGCAAGCCUGAGAGACGCGUCGUCACGGCGAUCUUCUCCCCCGCUGCUGCGGAGCCAUCCGCCCCUGCAGAAGCACCCAUCCAGGACUACCACAACGUUUCGGAAGAGGCAAUCGCUGCGGCGCAGGAGCAAGCAGAAUCACGGCCCCUCCCUCCCCUCCCCGACAUCUCGGCUGUUGCUUCUCUGGAGGCCGAGGAGAUCGUCCCACCAGUGCCCGAGCAGGAGGAGCCGAGCCACCUCGAGCGCCUUCUCGAAGCCGAAAUCAUGGCGACGCGCGCGCUCCUCGACACCUUCCGUGCGCGGCUGGAGGCCGUCGAGCAGAAGGUCGCUGAACUGGAAGCCAACGAAGCGUACCGCGAUGCGGAGCUCGCAUUGCACAUACAGGGCGUCUCCGCACAGGCGCUACCAGUACCGGAGCUGCGCGCGACCGCGACCGCGUCCGUGGAGGUCGGUGUGCAGUCGAGUGCCGCCGUGGCGGUUGUCGACGUGGAAAUUCAGAGCGAGCCCUCCCCGGACGCCGACUCGCUCGACCCCAUCCCCGUUUCAACGCAAGUUCUUCCUUCCGAUUCUGUCCCCGGAUCAAGUGGUGCACCAGACGCCGAUACGCCUUCUAGCUCAAACGACAAGUCUUCCGCAUCCGUAUCUUCGUUGCAGACCGUGAUCCCAGACGUCGUCCGACACCUGCAAUCUUCCGUGGGGCUGUUCUCGUCUUCCCCUGACCGCAGUGGUGACGCAGUCGCGCGACCACGACGCAAAGGCGAAGACAAGGAGGACGAACCCUCCUCAGUAUCGGACCUCCCCUCCUACGUCCUCCUAGUCGGACUCGGCGUUUGCGCAGUAGUGCUACAAGCCGUGUUCCGCAAGGUGGUUGGCCGCGGCGCAGUCGGCGGCUGGAAGCCUUAG